AUGAAGGAGAUCACGACGAAGAAGAAGAAGACGAAGAAGCCGUCGGUUGUCGUCAGUGCUGGCGAGACAGAUGAGGAGGCGAUGGCGAGGUUUGCUCGGGAGCAUCCGGAGUACGUCCAGGCCGAGAUGGAGUACUACUGGAAGCGUGAGGCGGACCAGAAGAAGAAGGGGCCGAAGAAGGAGGAUGAGGUCGGUCCCUCGACGGUGAUCCCCAUCGAGUCCUCUUCCGAGGAGGAUUGGGCAGACUUCUCGGAGGAGGAGGAGGAGGAGGGGUGCGACGACCCGACGAAGGAGGAGUUCUGGGAGCAGUUCCGUAGCUCCGAUGAGGAGUAG